CUCUAUAUAAUCAUAUAUGAAGUCACUUGUUGACUGUGGCAAGCCUCUCUGCUCUUUUGUCACCACUGAUUGUAUUUCCUCAUUUUCUGUCCUUCUCGUAAACAUACCUGGAGAGAAAUGGUGUACAAACUUAAGUUGGGAUAGAGGAAACCUUUCUCACCGAAGGAAUAUAUAUAUAUAUGGCUAUGUCUAGCUGUUCCAUACUGACCAAUGAAAUGAAUUUGACCCACCAACGAUGACCUCAAACCUAAUACCGAAAAGUAGGAUUGCCGAAGGAGAUCCUCGUCACAAGAGCCAUGAAGAAGUAUUACACAUGGUACAGCAGCUGCAAUCAGAGAACAAAAACUUGAUGUUCAACCAUGAUACCAUGGUAAAGGACAUCAACCGACGACUACAGGUGCACUUGAUGGAGACAGGUCUGAGGAAUGUCAACCAAAAACUGCAGGAUGACAAUCAAGAGCUGCGAGACCUGUGCUGCUUCUUGGACGAUGAGCGCCAAAGUGGCAAGAAGUUGGCUAAAGACUGGCAGAAGUUUGGUCGGUAUACGGCCAGUGUGAUGCAGACGGAGGUGACGAACUACCAUGAAAAAUUACGAGAACUCGAGGUGAAACAAGAAGAACUGAUUAAAGAUAACUUGGAAAUGCAAGAAUUGUGUCUUUACAUGGGCCGAGAACAUUUGUUUGACAACGACAGAGAUGACGGAGAUGGCAGCAGUAAUGGGACAACAGGAGGCAAUGAGAAAAUUGAAGAAGUCAACCAAACUCAGACUCCAUCCGGUGACCAGUCAGGACAAAACUCCAUUCCUGAUCAGACAUUAAAUUAUAUAAAACAUUUAGAGGAACUUGUUCGGAAACUCAAAGAAGAAAGAAAUAAUUUGUCUCUGCAACUUGAACAACAAACAAAUGAUGCCAACAGUAAUUAUCCCAACACCUUCAGGCCACCUGGACCAGUUCGGGCUCAGAUGGUGACCAGCUGGAGCAAACCUGCAAACACUAUUGGUAGUACUACCAACCCACCCAGAACUAUGCAGUACCCUCAACAACAGCAACAACAACAACAACAAUACUACCACCAACAGCAAGAGAAAUACCAUCAGCAGCAACAACAAUCCCAACAGUAUCAGCAAAAUCUCCGACAACAACCAGAACAGAAACAACAGAACGCGCCACCUCGUCCACAUCCACCGAAUUCUUCAUCUCAACCUGAUGCUGUUACACAUGCUAUGAAGGUGUUGGAAGUUCAUCAGCAACUGGAAUCUCCCAUGAAUAACAUUGACAGCAACAAUGAUCUUGGUGAUAAUGAGAAGGCCAUCGUUCGAGAAAUGUGCAAUGUUGUAUGGCGGAAACUGGAAAGUACAUCUCCUAGAAGACAAUAUCCUCCCAAACAGCCAAAUUCUUCAUUGGAGCACGAGCCAGCAAGGACUUCACAACAGGCUCACCAGCCUAGAAACAGUCUCUCCAGACCGCCACCACCAACACAGCAGAAACAAUCAUCACAGCCAUAUACUGAGAAGCAUCCAAGUGUCACAUCGUAUCCACAGCAGUUCUAUCCUCAUCACUCACCUCAGUCCCCGCCUCCCUCUCAGAAACUGGCCAAUUCUAACUCCAGAUACAGCAACAGUUCAUACAUGACCCGUUCUCGGCCGUCUUCUUCAUCGACUCUUUCACCAACUUCAAAAGUUAAACCCAUGCCAUACUCUGCCACAGAAAACAGAAUUGAUCAACGUCAUUAUUAAAGUUUGCCAUUUUUAGAGGGCUGUUCCUCACCACCGACUCUUUCGUGUACUUUAGCUUGCUUGAGUACAGAAUUGUGUGUGUGUGUGUGUAUGCAUAUAUAUAUCUGGCUUCCCAGACUCCAGUUGAACCGUCCAACCCAUGCCAGCAUGGAAAGCGGAUGCUAAACGAUGAUGAUGAUAUAUAUUUC